GCCGGAAACUGGCUCUUUAUUACUUUUCAGGGAUUAUCAUUGAAGUACCAAAUUCAGAUGAUGACGCGUGAGGCGACACACCCGGCGCCCCUGCGACGGCCGACUUCCCGGCCACGUCACUAACGUCACUGCGUCAGUAACGUCACGACGUCACAGAUGUUCCGCCCGCCCCCGGAGCCGGCGCCGCGCCGCUCCGACUCCGUCACGGUGCGUGUGCUCAAUGACCCGGUCAACUGCGAGCUCAGCUCCACCGAGGGCAGCCGCAGCGGCCUGCUGCGCGUGCAGCCGCGCAGCACCAGCUGCCUGCUGCCGGAGCAGCUGUCGGAGCCGGCGGCGCCCCGGCGGCAGCUGGUCAGCCGGCUGCUGUCCAGCGGCACGCCGCACUGGCAGGAGGCCGAGCGGGGACCGGGCGGCCGGCCGGCGCGCACCGCGGCGGCGGUCCUGCCCACAGAAUGUCUCAGCCACCUGCAGAGUAUCGUCCACAAGCAGAAAGCCCACCUGGGCUCGACGGACCCGCCGCAGCCGGCAGCGCACUCCGCCUCCGGUAUGGGCUCGUCGGCGGAGCUGACCGGGCCGGGUCAGCUGGCUGGACCGGGUCGACACACCGGAGGAAUGCUCAUCAGACACCAAGAGUAUGAGGCGGGCCCGGUGCGGCUCGACUCGCACCGGCCGCCGCUGGCCGGCACCCUCAGCUCAGCGCGGUCCGCCGCCCACCUCCGCCGCUCGGCGCCCGUGCUCCUGCCGGCCGACUCGCCGCCGCGACGGAAGGUGGCGCGCCAGUCGCGCACGGUCGCUGUAGGUGGCGCCACCGCGCCCGUCACGCCGAAACGGCCAGCAGCGAGCAGACGUGCGGAGGAGUCUCGUAAACCGCGGAAUGAGAAACGAAUCGUUAUCGCCGGCAAACGAGUCAGGAAGGUGGCCCCGAAAAGACGAGACUUUUUCAACACAGUGGGCACGCCGUCGGCGUACCGUCCCCGCUCCCCGCUGACGCACGGGCCGCCGCUGGCGUCGACCGGCCGCCGCGUGCUCCACUCUCCUGAACAGAGGACCUACGGCAGCUGGCUGUCUGAGCCGGCGGCCGGCGUGGACCGGACACCGGCGGGGGACAGUGGGAGCAGGGCGGCGGGCGGGGCGCGCGGUGGAGAGGAGAGCCCGGCAGGGCGGGGUGUGAGGCAGACGGACCGGGAGAGAACCCCUGUGAGGCAGGCAGACCGGGAGAGGACCACUGUGAGGCCCGCAGACCGGGAGAGGACCCCUGUGAGACCCACAGACCGGGAGAGGACCACUGUGAGGCCCACAGACCGGGAGAGGACCACUGUGAGGCAGGCAGGCCGGGAGAGGACCCCUGUGACGCCCACAGACCGGGACAGAACUCAGAGAAGGCAGGAGAACGGUCUGGGCGCGGCCGCGUCUGCCCCGGUUCUGGUGUGGCCGGCCGCGGCGCGGGGUACUCCGCCGGCUGGCCCGACCCCUCCUACCGACCACCGGCGGAGGGUAGUAGUGAUGGAGCCGCCCACCCAGUACCCCCGAGACACCUGGUCCCGGAUCUUCCCCGGGAUUGACGCCGAGGAGAGGACGCCCUCGCCGCGGGCACCGCAGGCAGCGGUACAGGGCGGGUCGGGGAAAUCACCGGUACAGACCGAGCCCUCUGCGGCGGCAGCGAACGGCUCGGAAACUAAGGUGAAUAGAGCAGAGGCUGAGAGUAAGGCUCCUACAGCAGAAGUUGCGGGCAAGGAAGCUCGGGAGGGAAAGCCGCCAAAGACGGAUAAGGGAGGUGAUAAGGAGGGCGCUGGCAAGGCGCCGAAACCCAAUACCACCGGUGCGCGUAAGAAAGCCAAGCAGACCAAGCCCAAGAGCGGGUCGGCGUCUGACCAGCGCGGUAAGCCCACCGCGCUGUCGAACGGCCGCGGCUCUCUGACCUGGCGGGGCGCGCGGCCGGAGGGGAGCGGCCCGCCGGCCGGCCGCGCCGCCUCCCGCAGCCCGACCAAGGCGGGCCCGGGCCGCGCCCGGUCCGGGGCAGGCCCCAAGCCGCUGGCGGCGCUGCGCCGGCGGCUGGCGCAGACGGAGCCGCCCCGCGAGGAGCGCCGGCCGCGCACGCGCAGCUACGACCGCGCCCAGGUGCGCCGCUUCAUGGCGGAGCGUCCCUCUGGAGCUGGAGGAUGA